AUGUCACUUGGACCUUGCAUCAGAGGAUUUCGCACUGUUAUCAGACCAGUAAUUGCACUUGAUGGAACAUUUUUAAAAGGUAAAUAUCGUGGGACAUUGUUUGUUGCCACAUGCAAAGACGGAAAUAACCACACAUACCCUGUUGCAUUCGGAGUUGGAGAUUCAGAGAAUGAUGCAUCUUGGAAUUGGUUUUUGACAAAAUUACGGGGAGCUAUUGGGGAUAUUAAUGACUUAGUUUUCAUUUCUGAUAGACAUGAAAGCAUUCGUAAGGCUAUCUCCACUAUAUUUCCAGAUGCUCAUCAUGGGGCAUGUAUAUUCCAUAUAAGUCAGAAUCUUAAGAGCCAUUUUAAGCAUGAGAGAGCGCAUUCGUUGUAUUUUAAAGCUGCUAAAGCAUAUCUUGUUCAUGAAUUUGAUCGUCUUAUGGUGCAAAUAUUUAAUGUUGAUUCCAAAGUGGGUGAUUAUCUUAAUUCGGCUGGAUAUGAAAAGUGGGCUCAUGCACACUUCAAUGGGAAGCGGUACAACCUAAUGACAACAAAUAUUGCCGAAUGUCUCAACUCAAUCACCAGAGAUGCUCGUAAACUACCUAUUACCAAUUUUAUGGAGUAUUUAAGAAUGAAUAUACUUCAAAAGUGGUUCCAUGAACGUCGAACUGAGGCAGCUAAAAUGGAUUCACAUUUGACAGAGUGGGCAGACAAUUUAGUGCGAUAA